GAUGGCGGCGCUGGCGGGGCCGCGGCCCGGGUUGUCCGUGUGAGGCGGGGACGGAGCCGCCCGGCGCCCCGCGGAGCCGGCGCGAUGCUGCGACCCAGCGGCUACUUCCGCGGCAUCGACUGCCCCUUCCUCGGCGCCGGCGGCCGGGGCCCGCCCUGCAGGAGGCCGCACUGCCACUUCCGCCACCCGCCGGCCGCAGCCCCGGAGCCCGGGGCCAAGCUCGGCGCAGAGCUUGGUUAUGAUCCAUAUAACCCUGAGCUUCCCAAGCCUUCGACCCAAAUAGCGAAUGGUGCUUUGGGUGACAUUACAGUGUCAACCCCUAGCAUUCUGCAGCUGGAGUUGGUCAACAAGGCCAUUGAAGAAGUAAAAUAUGAAGUUGAGAGAGAACAGAAAAAGUAUGAGGAGCUAUUGGAGACAACAAAGGAAUACAGCACAUCUGAGGCUACUUCGCUUAUUUCCAAAACACCUGUAUCAGCUGCUGUGACAAAAACAGACUCUUUAGAAUAUAACCCAGGUAGCUAUAACUUGAAUAAUAACACAGACUACAACCCUACGCCUUUGGCUGCUGCUAGUUCAAGUAAAUACACCUUGGAUACUUUUGAUAAUGCAAAAUCCAAAGGUAAUUCAUUGGAAUACGUUCCCAAGGUUGUGGCUCAGCCUAAAAAAUACAGUAGCGUUGUCACGAACAAUAAGUAUGUGAUUGAUGACUCCAAGCCUUCUACGGACUUGGAAUAUGACCCUCUUUCAAAUUACUCAGCAAGGCUUUUGAGCAAAGCCUGCACAAAGGAGCAGAAGGGGACCAAAAGGAGAAAGGUCUCUAGUCAUGGAGAAUCUUAUUCUCCUUCACGCAAAAAGCACUGUAAUGUAUCCAAUAACUAUGGAACGUAUGCCAAAUUCUCUGACUCUGAAGAGGAUGUUGACUUGGAAUACCAGCCAACCUCUGUUAGCCGUUUACAAUCUAAAGUCAGUUCUGAAAAUGAAUCAAGUGAUGGGUUGUCCAUCAAAGAAAAGAGCACCAAACUGGAAGACCUAAAUUCCCGGGAGAUGAAAGAAAUGGCAGUGCAGUAUGACAUGGAAGAUAUUGAAAGUCCACGGAAAAAUCUUGUCAAAGACUUGUCGGAGAAGAAUACAAAAUUGGCAAAGGCAUCUUCUGGCAAGAAUGAUCAGGAUGUUGAAGAGAAAGACAGCAAAGAGAUUGCAAAAGACAAAAUGAAAAAGAAAAAAACAGAUGGCAGGAAGCCCCCUUGCCACAAAGAGAUGGGCAAGAAGGAGAAAAGUAAAAACACAAAGAAAGAGAGAAUAGUCAAGAAAGAAGAAAAAUUAAAAAUUAAAAAUGGAGAAAAAAACUGUAAAGAGAAAAGUAUCAAAGCAAAACCAGACGGGAAUUCGAAGAAAUCUGAAAAAGAGAAAUUGGAAAAAGUGGCUAAGAAAGAGAAGUCUAAGUCCACCAGUUGUGCAGCCAGCUCAGGGAAAAGCAAGAAUGAGGGGCUCUGUAAGGGAGCUAGCACAGAGAAGCUGGAAGGUAGCAAGAAGGACUCCAUGCUAAAGGCAGCUGAUCUGAAAAAUGGCAAACAAGCCUCUAGUGAUAAACACAAAGACAAAGGGGGCAAGACUUCUGCCUCUGAUCGUCCAAAAAAGAAGGCAAGCCCUGCGAAAGUGGGGAACUCAAAAGGCAAGUGUAAGCCGAAACAGCGGACGUUGAGCCACGUUGACCUAUUUGGAGAUGAGAGUGGGGAGGAGGAGAAGGUGGGCCAAUCUCUGGCUCCAUUUCCAAACAUGAGCUCAGACUCCGAUGGAGAUGAUGGCUCCUAUGGUUUUCAGAGUGAUAAUGAAGGGACAAAGAGCAUUCAGCGCUCCAAGCUGUCCAAGUCAUCUUCAUCCUCCUCAGCCUCUGAUGACAUUGAUUAUUCCAUCCUGGAGAAAGAUUUGGAUUAUGACUCUGACCCCAUGGAAGAGUGCCUCAGAAUUUUUAACGAAUCCACGGAUGUGAAAACAGAAGACAAGGGAAGGCUAGGGAAGCAGCCACUGAAAGAAGAGGCAAGUGAAGAAAAGGUGGAUGACGCUUUAACCACUCUAUUUCCUGGCCAAAAAAGGAGGAUCUCUCACCUUGCCAAGCAAGGAAACGCAGAUGUCCCGAGCAAACCAGUCAUCCGGCCGUACCGCCCACCAACUGCCCAGGAGGUCUGUUACCGGAGGAUUCAGCUGGCACAGCAGCAGGCGGCACAGCUGGCUGUGGCAGUCCAAAAGGCCUCUCUUGCCUUGCCAGGAGAAAAGAAAAGGAUUGCUCAUGUGCCAAAUGUAGCACUUUCCACAGCAGCAAAGCAGAUCACUGUGGGCAUUAAGAAAACCAUUCCAGUCAGCAGCGUUAGAGCCCCCAAUGGCUCUGAGGCACCUGCUCUUACCCUGAAGGCCCGGACGCUAACUGGCAUGACGUCUAAGACCACUACUACUGCUUUCCAGAAAAGAAUAGCACACGCUCCCAGUCUACAGAGCGCUAGUUUAAAGAGGCCCGUUAUUCCCACUGAGUUUGGUGCCAAAGUCCCAACCAACAUUCGCCAAAGGUACCUCAAUCUCUUCAUUGACGAGUGCCUGAAGUUCUGCUCUUCCUCACAGGAAGCGUUUGACAAGGCUCUAUCGGAGGAGAAGAUGGCUUAUGAACGCAGUACCAGCCGGAACAUCUACCUGAAUGUGGCAGUGAAUACGUUAAAGAAGCUAAGAAGUCUAGUGCCCAAUUCCCUGCCUUGUGUAAACAAGACCAGUAACAGGAAGGUGGUGUCCCACGAAGCUGUGCUAGGAGGGAAACUCGCUGCUAAGACCAGCUUUACGCUAAACCAGUCAGGGAACUUGCGGGCGGAGGACUUGACAGGAGCUGCUUUGUACAGAAGACUGAAGGAAUAUCUCCUGACGGAAGAGCAGUUGAAGGAAAAUGGUUACCCAAUGCCACAUCCAGAGAAAGCCGGCCGUGCUGUCGUUUUCACUGUGGAAGAGAAGAAAACGCCUGACUCUUCAUGCAGGGUUUGCUGCCGCUGUGGUACUGAAUACAUGGUCUCAGCAUCUGGAAACUGCAUUCGCAAAGAGGAGUGUCUCCAUCACUGGGGAAGGCUACGCAAGCAGCGAGUGCCGGGGGGCUGGGAAACACACUACAGCUGCUGUUCAGGAGCUGUGGGUUCACCAGGAUGCCAGGUGGCCAAACAACAUGUCCAAGAUGGCCGGAAGGACAACCUGGAGGGUUUUGUGAAAACUUUUGAGAAGCUGCCUACUACCAAUGGCUAUCCAGGGAUCUAUGCUUUAGACUGUGAAAUGUGUUACACCAAGCAAGGACUGGAGCUGACGAGAGUAACCGUGAUCAACUCUGACCUGAAAGUGGUCUAUGACACCUUUGUCAAACCUGACAACAAAGUGGUGGACUACAACACCAGGUUUUCAGGUGUGACGGAGGAGGACCUGGAGAACGCAAGCAUCACCCUGCGAGACGUCCAAGCUGUUCUAUUAAACAUGUUCAGCGCAGACACGAUCUUGAUAGGACACAGCUUGGAAAGUGAUUUAUUUGCACUAAAGCUUAUCCAUAACACAGUGGUGGAUACUGCAGUUGUCUUUCCCCACCGGCUGGGUUUGCCUUACAAACGAGCACUCCGGACGCUGAUGGCCGACUACCUCAAGCGCAUCAUCCAGGACAAUGUGGAAGGUCAUGACUCCAGCGAGGACGCCAGCGCUUGCAUGGAGCUGAUGAUCUGGAAAAUCAAAGAAGAUGCUAAAGUGAAACGAUGACUUGUGCUCGUUCUCUCUCCUGUUCCUCCUCUGCCUCUUUGAAGCAGUGCAAUAAAUACUCAGCGUAACACUGCUCACCUGUACCCAGCAGCAUGCCAUCUUCCAGAGCCCCUAUGCACUUGCUGGUAUCUAUGGAACGUAGAGACUGCUGCUGGCACAGCUACAGGGUACAGGCUCUCAGCUGGCAAUGGUCACGUGGCCGGGUAGUGGCUCUGAGAUCCUCUUGAUUCCACCAGAGAGAUGCUCUGUGAUGCGGUAGUUGCCUUGUAGGCAUGGCAAGGCUGCUUUGAGUAGUUCAGCCAGAAAGAGGCUCUUUAUUCUCUAGGAGAAGCGUUCAGAGGCACGUUGGAUACAUCUGAAAUGAUCUUUUCUAUGAAGCUAAAGGUAGACAACUCUCUUUUAUUUCUGAUUUAGAUUUGAAGGGUGGCACAGCAUCUGCCUCUGUCUUCUGAAGCAAACCGCUGCCCCCAGUGGCUGGACAGUGGGAAACAGACAGAAAAGUUGGGUAAGAAGGGUGUGAAACAGGAAACGUUUGGUAGCUGGCAUGUGAGUUGCAGCCAGGCUGGUGGGGAGAGAAUUGGGUCGCCCAGACGGGAUCGUAGCAAGAAGCCACUGCAAGGGAGUAUGGCAUGCCCCUGAAACGCAGUGAAUAGAAACAGCCACAGUGGGCAGAAGAGGAGGAGGAGGGAUGGUGAUGACUUUCACCAGACUCUCUCUUGCUGUGCCCAGAUCCUUCUGAACAAGUGCAGGGCUCUGUAGAUCCUGGGUGGCAACAGGUGAAGAAGCCAGAAGUGUCUUAUGCUCCAUGCAGAGCUAGGCUGCCAUCACCACCUGCUGCUGCAGUCAGUUUCAGUGAUACAGCAGGAAGGUGGACAGGACUGUGAGGAAGGCUGUGAAGCCAUAGAGCAACUUACAGCUGUCAAGGACAGGAGGAACUUACUUAUUAACUUGUUGGGGAGGGACAGGUGGUGUGAUAGGGGCUGACUUACACUCUGGCUGGCUAGGUUGUGGCAUCCAGCAAGCGCUCCUCGUUGCAUCCUCUGGGUGACUGCAGGAUGGCAGGAGUUGGCUCCCUCCAGGGUCACCCCUUCAGCUGCCAGAGCAUCUCCAUUGUGUUGAUCAGAAGCAAGGCUCAAGGGUUGCCGACGGGAGCUGGGUGGUGGUAGCACAGGGGUCCCUGCAGACUGAUCCCUAUAGCUGGGGACCGACUUAGCAAGAUCAAAGCAAUAGGUGAAAAUAGGGCUUUUUAAAACUGGUUUUCACGGAAAUUGGGGUGUUUUUUAAAAAAAAAAAUAAUCCCCCAGUUCACUUUCUCUUCCCCCUCU